AUGAUUCGAGCAGCUGUGACUGAAUUUAAUCCAGUUGUAUAAAAUGUGGAGCUGGUGGGAUCCGGGAUCCAGACGCCAGCGUGUCUUCAGUGAGGAAAUGGAGUGCCGGUGGUCUCUACUAUUGCUGCUGUUGCUGGGGUCAUCUGCUCUUGCUAAGCCAGGAGCGAGAAGCGGUGACGAGGAGUGCCAACAGAAUGUGAACUGCUUCUUGCCAGACUGCCUGUGUGCCUCCACCGAGAACCCAGGCAACCUCCCUCUGGAUCAGCUGCCGCAGUUCGUUGUGCUUACCUUCGACGAUGCCGUCACUCCCACCAACUACGAGUUCUACCUGACUUUCAAGGACUUCCUUAACCCCAACUACUGCCGCAUCUCCAUGACCUUCUUCGUCACCCACCUCUAUAAUUACUACGACAUGGUGAAUGAGCUGCACCGUCUUGGCCACGAGAUCGCUCUCCACUCUGUAACACACAAGGAUGACGUGGACAACUAUUGGAGGGUAGCCAACCAGAGUGUCUGGGAACACGAAAUGGCAGACCUGAAGACAAUGCUUGAGACGUAUGCUAGGAUUCCUGCAGAGGAUAUAAAGGGCUGGCGCGCUCCCUUCCUCGAAGUGGGAGGAGACGAAAUGUUCUCAGCCAUUACUGACCUUGGACUGCAGUACGACUGCACUUGGCCCACUCUGCACUACACCAAUUGGUUCGACACUGAGCCCCUGGGAGCUCUGUGGCCUUACACCCUCGACUUCCCUAGCAUCCAGGACUGCCAGCUAGGACGAUGUCCCACCCAGAUCUACGAAGGAACGUGGGUGAUGCCUAUGGUGGACCUAGAGGACAACACUGGGCAGCCGUGCGCUAUGCUCGACGCUUGUAAUAGCCUGGAAAACGAACUGCUGGUUGACCCGGACGCGGUGGAGAGCUUCCUGAGGAGGAACUUCGAGUACAACUACAACUCCACCAAAGCUCCCUUCGGCCUCUACGUGCACCAUUCGUGGUUCUACGAGGGAGGUAACAGCACAGACGCCAGAAGAGUAGGCUACACCAGGUUCCUGGAAUAUCUAUCGAAACUGGAGGACGUGUACGUUGUGUCCGUCGACCGCCUCUUGGCCUGGGUGAAGAACCCGGUGCCUCUGGAUGAUAUCGACUCCAUUGACGAAUUCGGGUGCUACGAACCGGAGUCGAACUGUGUCGACACCAAGAUCUUCAAAUUCACGACUGAAAACAACUUACCCGUCGAAGUGGAUGCUAUUUACAUGGGAUCCUGUACUUUAGUUCAGCCUAAGUACUAUCCCUGGAUAUACAACCCAUUAGGAGAUCAAAAUAUAACAGACGUGUGAACUCCUGUUUUUUAUAUUAAAUAAACUCCCCAUAAUUAUUUUGUA